CCAGUCCUCUCUGAAACCCACACUGCAGGUGUUGUCCCGACGAAGUCUGUUAGUAUAGAGUUGGUUGAGCCAGCGCUCGCUUUAAUUCUUUAAUCGCCAGAGUACAAAUCUGACUGUAAUUUUCAUAUCUUCCCUCCGUGCAGACUUGACGAAUUAUCCAGCCCACAUUGAAUGUAUUUGGAAUAAACAUUUCUUAAGGAAUACGCCAUUCAUAUCAAUGCUUCAACAUGCAGCCCCCACCGAGAAAGGUCAAAGUAACUCAGGAGCUAAAGAAUACUCUCAUAGAGCAGAUGACCAGACUGCACCUCAAACAUCAGACUGAAUGUGACCUGCUGGAGGACAUGAGGGCAUACAGUCUGAAGAAGGGCCAGUUGGAGAGGGACUAUGUCCAGGCUCUGCAGAAGCUGGCCAGUCAGUACCUGAAGAGGGAUUGGCCAGGCAUCAAACCAGAGGACCAAGGCACAGAUUACAGGAAUGUGUAUGCUGUGUGGCGGUCCUAUCUGAAGGGGACAGUCCAGGUGACUCAGUCUCGCAUCAACGUGUGUGACAACUACAAGAAUGAGAUCUCAGACCCUGCUAAAACUGUACGGCUAUACAAGGAACAGCAGCUCAACAAGAGUAUAGAACAGUUGAAUCGUAUCCAGGUGGAGCUGCAGGACUCUGUGAAGGACCUGGCCAAAGCCAAGAAGAAAUACUACGACUCAGAACAGGUGGCUCAGGCCGUUCGAGAGAAGGCUGACAUCGAGGCCAAGUCAAAGCUGGGUCUGUUUCAGUCCAGGAUUAGUUUACAGAAAGCCAACGUUAAGUUGAAAGCCAAGAGGAGUGACUGUAACUCUAAAGCAACCCAUGCCAGGAAUGACUACCUGUUAACCCUGGCAGCAGCCAACGCUCACCAUGACCGCUACUACCACACAGACCUGCUGCACUGUAUACAGGAGUUGGAUGGCGGGAUAUAUAACCAUGUGAAGGACUAUCUGAUCUCUAUCUGUCAGACAGAGCUGGAGGCCUUUCAGGUCAUACACAACACCUUCCAGUUCCUACUGGACAAAUCCUCCCGGGUGAUGCAGGAGUUUAACCAGCAGCUCUUCAUGCAGGAGAACCCUGUGUUUCAUAAAGCACAAGACUUCCAGUUCCAACCCAGCGACUGUGACACGAGUCGAAAGUUGGAGACAGACACGGGGAGCCCGACAGAGGAGCACAGUCUGAACAAGGAGGCCAGGAAAUGGGCAACCAGAAUGGCCCGAGAACACAAGAACAUUGUCCACUACAAGAGAAGCCUGGAGGAAUGUGAGACACUGGGAGUCCCUCAAACAGAGCAGGGCCGGCUUGAUCUGGAGCUGAAGAUAGAGGAUACCAAAGAGAACAUCCGCAAGGCUGAGAUAGUAAAGCUGAAGGCAGAGGCUCGUCUGGACCUGCUGAGACAGGUGGGCGUUGCCGUGGAUACCUGGCUGAAGAGCGCCAUGAACCAGGUGAUGGAGGAGCUGGAGAAUGAGCGCUGGGCUACGCUGAACUACACUACCCACGAUCCCUCACUCUCGGGCCCGGUUGAUCUGGAGCGGUCGGAGGGUGAGGAGUGUGAGGAGAACAUGGAGGUGUUUGAUGACAGCAGCUCCAGCCCCUCUGGGACUCUCAGGAACUACCCACUCACCUGCAAAGUCCUCUACUCAUACAAGGCAUCUCAGCCAGAUGAGUUGAGUAUAGAGGAGCAUGAGAUGUUGGAGGUGAUAGAGGAUGGAGACAUGGAGGACUGGGUGAAGGCGAGAAGUAAGACAGGGCUGAUUGGCUAUGUCCCAGAGAAGUAUCUUCAGUUCCCCACCUCUAGCAGCCUACUGAGCAUGCUCCAGUCUCUCGCUGCGUUGGACGCUCGCUCACACACCUCCUCCAACUCCACCGAGCCAGAGAUACACACUGGCAGCAUCAACGGAGACGCCAGCUUGAGUUUUGUGAGGGCUCUGUAUGACUACGAUGGUCAGGCGGAUGAGGAGCUGUCCUUCCCAGAGGGGGCUGUCAUCCGUCUGCUUAACAGAGACACCCAAACAGACGAUGGCUUCUGGGAGGGAGAGUUCAACGGACGAGUGGGAGUCUUCCCUUCUGUACUGGUGGAGGACCUGACUGAGAGCAGAGAGAACAGAGUAGACAAACUGAUCUCUCCAUCUUCGAGGCUGCCCUCCUCGUUGCCCCCCCUCCCUCUGUAUGAUCAGCCCCCCUGCAGCCCCUACGCCACACCAGACACCCCCACCCCUCCGCCCCUCCCUCGAUCUCCCUCUGUCAAUGGGGAACACAAGCCACCUCCCACAAUGUACAAGGGACCCACUCAAAAUCAUAGUCCAGUGUCUCCAGAGUUCCCCCAGCCCUCCCGGUUCACCCCCGACGGCGGCAUCAGCACACUACGACCUGUCCGUGCAGCACCUCCGCCCCCCAAGCAGAAACCUCGCAAACAGACAGAGAAGACUGAGGAGGUGGAAAUCACACUGGUGUGACAGACAGACAGAGAAGACAGGAGGUGGAGAUCACACUGGUGUGACAGACAGACAGAGAAGACUGAGGAGGUGGAGAUCACACUGGUGUGACAGACAGACAGAGAAGACUGAGGAGGUGGAGAUCACACUGGUGUGACAGACAGGCAGACAGAGAAGACUGAGGAGGUGGAGAUCACACUGGUGUGACAGACAGACAGAGAAGACAGGAGGUGGAGAUCACACUGGUGUGACAGACAGAUGGAGAAGACUGAGGAGGUGGAGAUCACACUGGUGUGACAGACAGACAGAGGAGACAGGAGGUGGAGAUCACACUGGUGUGACAGACAGACAGAGGGACAGCAGAGCACAGACUUGGAUGACUGAACUUUGAACUGGCUUCACCUCUAAGCUUUGAACCCUGGAAUCCCCCCUUCACUCCCCCCUACCUCCCUCCACUGGGAAGGAAGAUGGUUCUGUCUCCAAGCAACAAGCCCCUCACCCCUCCUCUCCCACUGUGUCAGACUGUCUGUCUGUUGCCUUAACUUUGCUCUCAUCAUUUUGAAUGAAAGGAAUUCAGUGGGAGGAGGAGGAACAGGAGAAAUGCUGAGGUGGAGAGUUGAAAUGAGUUAUCUGCUAUGUGAGCAGAGUUUCCCCUGUCCUUGCCAUAUACAGUCAUAUCAUACCUAUUUAAUGUGUAUUACUACAGUACAUUACUGUUGUCAUAGGAAUGUUCUGAAUUAUGCACAACGUUUCAUAUUAGCCUAACCCGCUGAAUGGAGUAUCUAUUUUAUAUGUAGUAGUUUAUCCAUAUGUCCAUAAGUUUAUCCAUAUGUCAACCUGGAAGAGCAUCGUACAUGCAGUUAGAGAGAGGGUGGAGAUGGAGAGAA